AUGGGCCUCAGAUCGCGGGUAUCGGCACUGUUCAAGUCUAACAAGUCCUCUCCCGAAAACAACGACACUCAUCCAGAUGCUGGCACCGAUUUUCAGACGAGUAGUCCGCACCCCGAGGACACUGCGGGAACGACAGAGGACGAUCUUCGGAGCAACUUGAACGCAUCAUCGAGGCGAGAUAUCGACUCUACACGAGAUCUGGGUAGACGCAUUGCACAAGCCGCUGCGAGGAAACAAGAUUGUUACGGCCUUAAGAUCCUCGUCCCGCAGCCGUCGGACAGGACAGGAUGCGUGGACAUUGUAGCUAUUCACGGGCUCAAUGGUCACCGCGAAGAGACAUGGAUGCAUGCCGAUACGAGACUGCAGUGGCUGAGCGACUCUUCAUGCCUGCCAAAAGACAUGCCCACGGCACGAAUUUUGACAUUCGGCUACAACUCCAAGACCUAUUUCAGUCGAUCCGAAUCAGAGAUACCAGACUUUGCCUCCGAAUUGCUUUGGGCACUAAAAGCCCAGCGUACAAGCGAAGAAGAAAAACAGCGCCGUAUUGUUUUCAUUUGCCAUAGUCUUGGGGGUCUGGUUUUCAAACAAGCCGUAAUAAUGGCCCAUGAGCAACGUCGCCACUACUCCUGUAUAUUGGACCAUAUCUGCGGUGUGGUUUUCUUCGGUACACCGCAUCGUGGCUCCAGCCUGGCCGCAUGGGACGAAAUCGGCACUCUCAUUGUCAAAGCUAGUACACUUGGAUACACAACCAAUAGCAAAUUAUCGAGCAGUUUGAAGGUCGAUUCAAAGUUUCUGAGGCGCAUAUCCGAGUCAUUCGCAGCUCGUGGGGAUAACUUCGAAGUUAGAAGCUUCUAUGAGAAUUUGCGCAUGAAGGGGUUAAAUUGCAAGGUCGUCGAGAAGGAAUCGGCCAUAUUGAACUGGCCUAAAGAAUUACACAUUGCCUCGAACGCCAACCACUCAGCCAUCUGCAAGUUUCCGUCACCAGAAGACUCAAGAUACAAGGCUGCUUCUCUAGCUAUUCGCGAGGCGGUGGGAACAUUGGGGUCAAGAAGUGAUGUUCGGUUCGAUCUGCCGGCAGCAAUCGAUUGUGUAAGGGAACUGAACUCAGAAUACGAAUACCAUCUUGACCAGAUCGACGAUCCGAUACCCAAGACUUGCGAGUGGGUUACUUCACAUGAGAUAUGGACUCUAUGGGACUCGGUACCAGGCUCAGCCCUUCUAUGGAUCUCAGCCGAUGCUGGCUGUGGAAAGUCGGUAGUAGCGAAGUAUCUCGUCGACUUUUUCCAAAAACGAACCUUCAGCGCACAUCUCCACACCCAUGUCUGCUACUUCUUCUUCAAGGAAGGACUAGAAAACCAGGACAAUGCUUCGUCAGCUGUUUCGGCGGUCCUUCACCAGCUACUCUCCAAACAAAGUCGGGUAAUGCAUCAUGCCUUGGCCAAAUACCUCAGCAUGCCGAAGAGUAGUUUCAAUCGCUUUCCCACACUUUGGUCUAUUCUGCUAGCGACAAUGGAUGAUGUAAACACAAAAAGGAUGGUGUUUAUACUAGAUGGUCUAGAUGAGUGCGAAGAGAAGUCCUUGGACGAGCUCGUCAAAGCUCUGGCGGACUUCUUCCAGUCUCGCAAAGAAUUGACCGUCGAAUCGAGGCCAGCUUGUAAAAUCGUUCUCCUAAGCCGACCGCUCAACUCAGUCGAACGCAGGUUCGGACUCCGGUCGGGUAACGGUAAUCUUAACAUUGUCUCACAGUACAGCAAGAAUGGUUGCAGUUUCAGGCUUAGUGCCGAGGAAGAGAGUGUCUCCGUUGCGAAGGAUAUCGCUCAAUUCGUGAUAUCGAAAGUUUCAGAUCUUGGUCAGCAGUCAGAAUUGUCUACCGAAAUUCUUGAUCGACUGAAAAAGCGGCUUAUCAGCAAUGCCGAUUACACUUUCCUCUGGGUGUCUUUGGUCUUGAACAUCGUAAAAGAAGCUGAAGUGGACGGAAUUUCAAUGGAUCAGAUCGAAGCCAUCUUGGCCACUACCAAGCUCGAAGACGUUUACGAAAAGCUUUUGUCCGGUCGAGCAUCACCUUUGAAGACUAGAAAGGUUUUACUACUCAUCCUUGCCGCCGUUCGCCCAUUGACUUUAGAUGAGUUAUGCGGAGCUGUGGAAGUCAAUCAAGACCACCACCAACAGCCAGAUACAAAAGAGUCAAAACGAGCUUUGAACCACUCAGAAUUGAGACUCUCUGCGGAACAGCUCGGUCAGCAGAAGGUGUCAGAGCUCGAGACCUUCCAAAAGCCUGGAACUGCCAGGGCCACGAUGGUCUUAUCAUCAAACUCCUCAUCUUCCGCAGUCAGACCAGUGAAGGAGAGUACGAAACGAAGAGUCAUCACUAGAAACGGAAGCAUAAUGGGAUCAACAAACCUUACGCCGAAGCUGACAAAUAUCGAAAGACGAGGUAUGACGGCUGCUUCCCUCUGGCCUGAGGCGAAUCACACUAUCAUCAACCGACAGCCAGCAACGCAGAUGCGAACGGUUUCUAAUUUGCAAGAGCUGCAAAGUUUUGUGCACAGGCCGUUCGUAAAUCAUCUACGGCAAAUUUGCGGCCAUUUUGUCAGAAUUCGCAAUCAGAAAAUAUAUCUAGUCCACCAGACAGCCCGCCAAUUCCUUCUGGAUAGAGACAGCGAGCUCGAUUUCAAGAUGGUUUUCCGAUGGAAAAGGCAUUCUCUAGCCACAGACCAAGACAGGCAGAAAUCGGGAAGCUUGGAGCUUGUCUCGCAAUGGCAACAUUCAAUCAGUCUGGCGGAUGCAAAUAUGUACAUGCUUCAACUUUGCGCUGACUACAUCAAUUUGAUCCAGUUAGCGGAGCCAUUCAAUGAGACUAUCUUGGAUCAUCACGAAGCGAGCGUUUAUCUCAAAGAGUGUCGCAACAAUCCUCAUCGGGCAUUCCUGAGAUACGUUUCACGUCACUGGCUAGACCAUUAUCGACCUGUACGGGAAGAUUUGGAGCGCUCCUACGACUACCUCCUCCAACCAAACACUUCUCACUUUAACGCAUGGAUUAUUUCCCAUGUUUCUUGGGUGCCGGAAGAGCAACGGAGAGGCCUAGAAGCAUCGGGUCUCUCCUACCAGACGGGCCCUGGCAGAGUCGAACUACGCCAGGAUGAUGCCAACGCCGGCCCUUCGGAGAAGAAAGAACGGGAACUCCAAGCGGCUCUGCAACAUUUCAAUCUCAUGGGCAACGAGAGUGAUUUGUACGAUGAAGAGUAUAUUCAUGGGAAACGAUACUGGAAAGCAAAGGAUUACAUGGAUUCAGGCGAUGCCAGCACCUCAGACGAAGAUGAGGAACUUGACAAGCACUUGAAGGAAUCGAAGGCAACCAUUCCUGAUCGUAUGCAGUACUAUCGCCAACAGCAGAGUCAGCGGGUGGUCGAAAGCAUUGACGAGGGUCGACGCGCAACCUCAGCUUCCAUGGCAAAUCCGACUUCGUCUCGUUCCUGGCUGACAUGA